UGUUUAAAUGAUUGUAUUGAUCAUUCAGAGAGACACUCCGCCUACUGUGUCCCAACUAUAGCUACAACACGACAGAGCACACACUGUGUUCUCUAGGGGUCUUGUUGAGCGCCGUUCAGUACAGUCCCAACAAGAUGCAGCUCUCUGCUUUGUGGACGCUGCUGCUCGCUGCUGUUUUGGCGACGAGUCUCGCUGCGCCCACCGUCGCCCCGACCAUUUCUCCAGAAGAGCAAGACCUUGCAGAGGGGUAUCUGUCAAAGUUUUAUGACGAUGUGGGGACAAGGAACACUACAAGGAGAAAAAUCCUUAGGAGCAACUUUAGUGAGGAUCUUGAAUCUAUGCAGUCUUUCUUUGGCCUGGAGGUGACAGGUGUCUUGAAUAAAGAAACCGUGGAGGUCAUGAAGGCGCCGAGAUGUGGGGUGUCAGACAUCAGCCGCUACGGACACUUUGCUGGGAAACCCAAGUGGAACAAGAGGCUCAUCACAUACAGGAUCACUCAAUACACACAAGAUCUAAGCCAGAGACAAGUGGACGACAUCAUCGCACAAGCCUUCCAGCUCUACAGCGACGUCAUCCCGCUGGACUUCAAGCAGAUCAACAGCGGCACUGCAGACAUCAUGAUUCUCUUCAAGGGUGGAUAUCACGGGGACUUUUAUCCUUUUGAUGGAACCGGGGGAGUCCUGGCUCACGCCAACUCUCCAGGACGGCAGCAGGGAGGUGACACCCACUUUGAUGACGAUGAACAGUGGAGUCUAACCCAAAGAGGUGUGAAUCUGCUGCUGGUGGCGGCGCACGAGUUCGGCCAUGCUUUGGGUCUGGACCAUUCCAGAGACAGACGUGCGCUGAUGUUCCCUACUUAUCAGUAUGUCAACACAAACGGCUACAGGCUGCCAGACGAUGACAGGCGGGGGGUCCAAGCCCUCUAUGGUAGCCGUACAUCAGAGCCAACACAAGCUCCAAAACCAAACCCGCCACCCGAACCCGAGCCAGAGGAACCAACAGAAGACCCAACAGACCCUCUUCCAAACCCUCGCGAUGAGCAGUGCAGCAGGGAUCUGGUGUUUGAUGCCGCCACGUCCAUCAGGGGAGACUUGUACUUCUUCAAAAACGGAUACUACUGGAGGAAGAGUUCCAUGUUCAAUGAGAUACGUUUUACUAAAGUGAGCACAAGAUGGGCGGGGAUCGACACUGUUGACGCUGCAUAUGAGGUGCCAAACAAGGAUUUGCUUCAUCUCUUUGAAGGUAAUCAGUACUGGGGCAUAAGGGCCUACGCAAAGACUUUAAUAGCAGGAUAUCCGAAGUCUCUCACCAGCCUGGGCUUGCCAUCCUUUGUCAGUAAGGUGGACGCAGCAGUCUACGUGCCAACUACUGGGAAAACAUUGAUUUUUGCAAACAGACAGUACUGGAGCUAUGAUGAAGCCGGAAACCAAAUGGAUCCCGGAUACCCGCGAUCCAUUGCACGGGACUUUCCUGGCAUCGGCUCCAAAGUGGAUGCGGUUUUUGAGAAUUAUGAAAAUCUGAUUAGUUUCACGGCCAUCCCGUUCUCUACAGUAAUGGAGUCACUCAACACUUUUGAAUCUGAGAUGGAAGCUGAUGGGCAGGGACACUAUUCUCUGUUUCCAGCUCUGGACAUCGCUGGUCUGUCUGGGACUGCUGAUAACCUGGAGAGCGAACCUCCCAGCGAAAUUGCAGAGAAGCCAAACCUUACCUGGCUUGAUGCUGCUCAGAUAGUUUUGGAGGAAGCAGGACACCCCAUGCACAUCAAGGAGAUCAAGCAAAGGAUCAUCGACAGGGGACUUGUUCAGUCCAAUGCAAAGUCCAGUCUGGAAGCCGUCAUGUAUCGUGAGACAAAUGACGAGCGUCAGCAGGCGCUCCAGGCCUUCACCGCUCAGGCCUUCCUUGGGCCCGGGCAGCAGAGUGCACUCCCUGCUUCCGGACCUGGCAGCACCUCCACCACCACCGUGGCCCCCUUUCCAUCCUCUGAGAACAAGGCCAAGGUGAAGCGAGGAGCGCGGAAAAAACAGAACGAAAAGUACCGACUGAAGUACCUUCGACUGCGCAAAGCAGCGUGUGCCAUGAUAUUUGAAAAUGCAGCCUUGCACGAUGAAGUUGCUCACCUAGAAGAGAAGUUUGUAAGAGCGAGAGAAGAGCGCCAAUUGUUGCUGUUGCACUAUCAGUCUCUGUCAGAGGGGGACUUCUUACCCACACCCAGCUCAAGCAACCAUCCAGCGGUGCCCACUCCCGCCGUGAGUUCUGGUCCCGGAGGGGGUCCUGGCCUGUGCGGGACUCACAACCUCACGUCAGUGGUGUCAACGGCCGACGAAGGAGUGCUUAAAAAGCCCAAGAAGGAACGGAAAGAGCGAGUCAGAGAGAAUGGAAAAGAGGAGCUUCCCAAGAAGAUGACCAAAAAGAGGAAGCUAGUGGAUGGCUCCCGGAAGCUGGUGCAACCUAUCGCGCUGGACUCCUGCGGUCGCCCCGUCUUUCCCAUCGUGUUGGGAGGGUUGACGAUCUACAGUUUGGGCGAGAUCAUCACGGACAGAAUGCUGUUCCAUGACCAAUGUGCCAUCUACCCGGUGGGCUUCUGCAGCACGCGAGUCUUUGCCAGCAUGAAAAACCCCGAGCAGCAGUGCCUCUACACCUGUCAAAUCAAAGACGGGGGAAGUGGACCGCAGUUUGAAAUCGUGCCAGAAGAAGACCCCCAGAAUGCCAUUGUGGCCUCAUCUGCCCUUACAUGUCACUCCAACCUGCUCAAGGCCAUCGCUUCAGUCAGUCCCAAGUCUGUUGCUCCAAUUGUGCCCUCUGGAGCAGACUUCUUCGGCUUCUCUCAUCCCACCAUCCAGAAUCUCAUCCAGAGUUGUCCCGGCGCACGCAAAUGCAACAACUACCGAUGGGUUCGUUUCGAGGUGUGUCGCCCGGGCGACGGCCACGUUCCUCACAGCCUGUCUGAGGACGAUGCCUCCGUCAAUUUUGAAGCCUAUCAAAGACACCAGCGCUUUAGUUUUGAGAAGGCGGAGCAAAUCACAGCGCAGACACUGCAGUCUUCUAGCUCCUCCCACCUGAGCUCGGCCUCCAUGAAGCUGUCGACGUCUUCCUAUUUCAGCUCCCCUUAAGGUCUUAACAGUCAACAACAUUUGGAAUGCACAUUACAUUUUUAAGUGACACAGUGGUAGAAAAACAGCUCAAACUAAUAAAUACGAUUAGAAUUUU